AUGGAGGAACUGCAGCGCCAAUUGAACAAAGAUGUUCCAGAGAGAAGGCAGGAGAGACGGAGACAAACCAUGAAGCUGUUCCGCUCUUUGCUAGCCGACGGCGCCCCAGGGCGGCGGGGCUUCCGGGCACCGGAGGCCAACGGGUCAAAGAUCACUUCCGCAGCCGCCUUGACCGGCGUUGGCUUGGGCCUCCCCUUCACCAUCCUCUCGUUCUCCUCCUGUUCCCCUUCCCCACAGCCUCGGGCACUGCUGGAGAACGUCACCGCGUCGGCGUGGGACGACCGGAAACCGGAGGACGGGAACGGCGGCUCGGAGAAUCGCAAGAUGCCAGGCACGGUCGGCGUCGGCGCCGGCACAGCUGACGCGAGUUGCGAGGGCGGAGGUGGGACUGACUGGUGA